UUCCAUUCGAAAUGUGUAGUGCUGUACUCACUAUUUUCAGAAAAGAUGAGAGUAACAAUGGAAAACUAUUCACUGGAUAAUGUGGGCAUAGAGUUGAUACAAGGCUCACAAAACCGUGGAGACGAAAAUGAAUACUGCGUUUCAAGCGUUUUUGAGGACAUCAGUGAGUUAGAAACUAUUCUGGAAACACAAGGAGAACAGAGCUGCCUUGCGUCAGGGAUCUCAGCGAAUAUCAACAGCAGACAACCACAAGAUGUAACUUUGGGACGAUCCUUACCACGACAGACUGGCAUCAGGAGCAGAACAGAGACAAAAGGUGCGAGUGCGUUAACGAGCAACAGAGACAGCCUAGCCGUGCAAUCUGACGACAGCAGCGUAUACCUGAGCGCCUCGUUAGACGACGUCGAUGCGGUGCCUAAUAGCGUGACCUGCUGUCUGGAACACAACGAGAGCGCUAAGGAAGGCGAGGGCGCCCUUCAGAAGACAGACGACACUAAGGAAGCGCAGAGUUCUACAUCAAAGUGCAGUGUAACGAUUAACUUUCGCCUCACUGAGGAACAGUUCUGCUGCAGCUCACGUGAGCUGCCAGCAGCAAACGCGGAAGACAGCGCGUGAGGCGGUUCUCUCGGUCACCUCCAC